AUGCAAAAUAUGUUCGGACUUCUUUCGAGUAUGAAAGUCAAUUCGUUCGAUUAUUGGGAUACUGGCUUGCAUGAAUUUCAUCCACUCGUUGAGAGUCCCUUACAGGAGUUCCGUUUUAAAGUAUCUCAUCCCUCUGAUUUGGAGAACUCACACGUCCGCACAUCUAAGAAAAUUGUAAUAACGCGUUAUGUUUACAAUGAACCGGAUAUUUGGUUGGAAACUCAUAAAAAUUUACCCAAUCAAGAAGUGAUAGUCGAUAGAGUUAUUGACGAUUUACACGAUAACAGCAUUUUGGAUCUGAUUGAAUAUUGGAAGGAAACUCGCGGAGCUGUCGAAUCAAGUUUUUCAAUUUGUAAAGAAAUCGGGGACACCAUGGAAAUGUUUUUGGAAAAUGUUAAGAUACGUUUUCAAGGAAGUUUGGUGAAAUCGGGGCAGACUGAUAAAAGCACCUCCACCAAAAUCAAGUCUGUUUCGAUAAAAAUCGAUUCGGUAUCAAAAAUUGUUGUCUAUGGAAACACUCACAUCCAGACUGCAAGGGACUCAAAAGUAUUAAUCAAAGUGAUGGCUGUUGAAUCGUCUGAAGAAGUUUCAGAGCUCAUUCUAAAGCAUUUUUAUGAUAUACGCGAUUAUCUUUAA